AUGACUAGCGGCAGCAAUCAACUUCGAUCCGCGCGCAAUUCAGACGAAGAGACCAGAAGGCCCAAUCUCGUUUCACCACCCUCAUAUCGUUCUUCACGCGAAGCGAGCCCCACGUUUGAAUCCAAGGGCAUCAUGGAAAACUCGAGCAUGUUGCCGCCUCCGGCAUCCGAGCCGACCGCCAAAACGGGUAUCAAGCUGCUAGGCAAGAUCGGAUUUGUUCCCGGCUGGGAGGGUCUCAGAGGUAUAGCCGUGGCACUGGUCAUGGUUUCUCACGUGGUAGAGAAGAAGGAGAUGCUUGGCAUUUUAGGUGUCGAAGUCUUCUUCGUGCUUUCGGGCUUCCUCAUCACCGGAGUGCUCAUGUCUCAAAUCGAAAAGCAAGACAAAGCACAGCAGGCUUCUACUUCGGCUGCAUCCCAAAAAAUCUCGCUCAGGCGCUUCUCGUUCCUGCCAAGGUUCUACAUGGAUCGAUUCGUUCGACUCACGCCUGCCCUGGCGCUCAUGGUCGGCAUCGUGGCCAAAAUUGCGCUUCGACUUGGCGCUUCGCCACCUGCAGUGAAAUCCGAUGCGUUGGCGGCGUUCUUUUACAUGCAUAACAUGUUCCCGCUUUCUCCUCAAGACUCUCGACUGAUGUAUCCUGGUCUCUACCUCAACACUUGGUCGCUCGCGGUCGAAGAGCAGUUUUACAUUUUCUGGUCACUUCUGAUUCCUUUCGUGAUUCCUCUUUCACUUAAGAAGAGAGCGUUGGUCAUGAGCUUUCUCAUCUUUGUGGGCUUCUACAUUCGUCACUUUAGCGGCUGGAACUUCCUUGGCGAGAAGAUGUAUGGCAUCGACUAUCGCUAUGCAUACUGCGCCAAUGCCUGGAAGAUGUUCAUCGGGUGCUCAGCUCGUCUGCUUCCUAUUCCCGAGAUCUUUACACGCAAGUGGGUAGGCACCAUCAGCACGCUCGGCUUCUUCUUUCUCACAUACAUGUGGGGCUAUGGCUUGACUAACUUUGACUUCCGAACCACAGGUGUCUGGCUCGAGCUGUUCACUGCUUUGCUGGUCUUGAUGAUCGUACUUGGAAGUAUCAACGGCAACCCUAUCCUGGAAAGCAAGCUGUUCCGCUUCCCCGGCAGGAUUUCCUACUCUUGGUAUCUGUGGCAGUUCCCUCUUCAGGCGCUUCACGGCUGGCCUGUCGGCAACUGGGGACCCACGGGACUCGCAUUUACGGUAGCCACUUUCACAACCUUCAUGAUCGAGGAGCCUAUCAGGAACAAGUAUCAUGCUUGGAAGACUAGCUCUAUCAAGAAAGAGGAGGACAAACAACACGCUCGUCGUGAGGAUUGA